AUGGAUCAUUCCUGGCGGACAGCGAUUAAAACUCUGGUGGCCAAACCGCGUGCCACCCGCGACACAUCGAGCAGUCCAGCAUGCACCGACUCUGCCCUAUUAACGCAGACCAAGUCCCCCAAACGGAAUCGUUUCGGCGAUCUCCUGGCUAAACUUUGCCGUCUCUGGCACACCAGUUUCAACUGUGGUGCUGUUUCCUGCCCGCUGGACAACACCGAAGAAGAAGCAGGAGAAGAGGAGACAAGAGGAGGCGGAGACAUCGUCACCCGAACCCAGCUGCCGGACGACGAGCCGGACUGGGUGGCCGGGCGACGACACAAUCUAACCAUCUCGCCCCUCUGCCGACUGCCGAACGAGCUUCUGCUUAUGAUCAUGGCCUACCUUUUGCCCGGCGACGUAUUUAUUCUCUGCCAUGCCUCUGCUAUCUACAUACCCCUCCUGCCCAGGCCUGUACUUAAGAUGUUGAACAACCCGUGGAUGCGCAUACUGAACCACCGUGCCUUGUUUCCAACCCACGGAAACGGCAUAUCUUUUGCGCGGCUAGACGAAGCAGAGACAGCCAGGGUCCACGAUCUCCUUCGAGGGGAGUUCUUCUGCAAGCGCUGCCUUGAGCGCCAGAGACAAGGACUGCUGAAGGAGCGGCUAUCUCAGCUGCAAACCUUCUUAUACUGCUCCGGCUGCAACUCUGGUCGCCGGGCAUUCCUCUUCCCAGCGCACCAGAGGCAAGAGCAUACGGAAAAGCCUCGCCUGUACCGGUCCAACCGGCCACUCGGGAGCAGCCCGGCACCCCCAUCCGCCAUCAUCGAACGGGGCUACUGCGGUGGCGCAACGGACCAUGUUUUCCUCCAUGUCUCGUCGACGGUUCCCCUGUUCGACAUCACCAACCCACGCCGGCACCCCUUCACCAGGAGAGAGCUAGAAGCCGCCCACAGACAAGCAACCGCCAGCCCGCUCUUCGGCUGCGGGUUCUGCCCCCACGUAAACCCCGCGCAUGGCGGCGACAGCGACAAGCUGCUACGGCCUUUCCGACCCGACAACUGCGCAUGUUUCCCGAUGCCGAUACCGAUACCGAUACCCCACCCGGACCACCACUUCCCCUCGAUCUGCUGCGUCUGCCGCGCACAGUCUCGCCCCGAGGAGAGGUCUGGCCGAUUCCUCUACUCCCCCUUUGAUAACCAUUCAUUCCAUUGUCGAACGUGCAAUAGCUUUUACCAUUGGAGGCGGCAUGGUAGCCAGGUCUCCGUCUGCUUUCAGGGCAGUAAGGCUCUGUGGAGCCCGAUCAGUUCCGAUUGGCUGUUGUCUCUCGCGCCCGACUCCCUCGGCAGCGCCGGACCGGAGGGGUUCGGCGAGGAUCUCUGGUGCGAAAAUAAGCGCUGCUUCACGAACAAACGUUGGGAGUCCCUGGUUAAGAAUCAUCAAUACUACGUUGUUCCAGAGUGGGGCGCUACGGCAAGCAGGUUCGUGAGGUGGAGUUUGGCGACCUGGCGCAUGUGA